UGGAAAUUUGUCCGCACUCUUCACUUCUCUCCGCGAGACGUGCCGGCGCCUCCUCGCAAAGCCGCCGUCUCUCAUCUUCCCCCUCUCAAGCGGAUCCCCGAGCAGGCCCUCGCCGACCCCCGCUAGACCUGGACAACACGAGCGCGCAAGAUCUCGAUCCGAGGCUGCCGUUGCGACUCCGAGCGCUGUCGGCCUCUCUCCCUCUCUGUGAGCGGCGCCUCCCGGUCAUCCCUCUUCUUGUGCGCAGCAACACCUCUUUCUUGGUUUGUUUGGUACGAGCAGCAAGUUGGGGGGUGUUCUGCUCCCUUCGUGUCGCUUACCAAUCGACGAGAAGCGGCCACAAUGAGUUCAGCAUCGAGCUUCUCCUUCUGCCCCUACUUUGAGCCUGUCUAAAACCCUCAUCUUAUCAAAUUUAUCUCGGCAUUGGGAAAAGUUCUGCGACAACAAUGCACCUUCGAACUUCAGCAUCAACAUCUGCAAGACUAUACUUUUCUGAAAUAUUUAGGCACGAGGAAUUUUCCAGUUUUCAGAUUUUCUGUAUGCUAAUAUGCUAAAUUUUAAGAAUGGCUUCUGAUCAUCCAUGUUCAAAGAAUGAAAAAUCUUCAAACAAACACCAGUGGCUUCAAUUGGAUGUGCACCCUUGUAGGCCAAAUUCAAAAUCUCACCAUAAUGCGGCUUCCAAAGCUCAUACAAAAGGUUGUGCACAUUGUGAGACAAGACCGCCCAUCCAAGGGGCAAGCACUUCCAAGUUUUUGUCAGUAGUUUCCACGUUCUGGGAAUAUGUUGAAAAUCCAGCUGUAUUACACAAGGAUGAGGACUUGAAAAUAUGUGAUUUUUUUCAGAAAGAGAAUAUCACAUGUGGGUCUGACCAAAGAAGAUCCAAACCAGCAGGUUCCAGAAUCACAAACCUAACUAAUAGACUCGAGUCUAAAAUAUCUUCAGCAUCACCACUUAGAUCAAGCUUUGAGAAAUUGAAAAAUAUCAAGAAACAACUAACUUUUCCAUCUUACAAGGGAUAUGCAGAUAAACCUUUUGUCUCGAGGCAUGCAUCAUUAUCUGGUUACCAUCCUCUUUUAGACUAUGAUAAGGUGCUUAGGAGAGUGACUUCUAAUGUGCAAGACAACCCAUGUGAAAAUAUAUAUGAUAAAUCUUCUGUGGAUAAUCUGAAAGUUGUUAACGGGUCUGUCAGCACUAGCAGGAAAGUUCCAUUUGAAAUAUCUUCUAUUGAUGCUAAAGGAAAUGCUGCUACUGAUGGGGGUUAUGAUCCUCGUGACAAGUCCAUGAAUGUAAUAGGAAAGGAUUUGCAAAUUCUUGUUUCUCUAUAUACAACAGAUUCAUUUAAACAAAUGGAGACUAUAAAAGAGACAAUUGUGGGAUUUAGAAAGCAUGAUUCUUAUCGUUAUUUUGUGUAUAAUUUUGAUUUUGUAACCCUGACUGAUUGCAAGCAUGAUCAGUGCCAACAAGCUUUGUCAGUGACAUCUUCAUUUGCCGAGAAUUAUGGGGAACUUCGCACCUCCAAGGAUUGCAAUAUCCACAAAAGUUAUACUAGCUCAUCUCCAGAUUUACUUUUUGAAGAACAAUGUUCACAAAAUAAUUGGAACAAGCUGCAGGAUAAACUCCAAAUGGUACUUAUGAAAAAUAAACAUGCAAUAGCUGGAGCAUUUGCUGGAACCACAGUUAGUCUUUGCCUUCAUCCAAUUGAUACAAUUAAGACUAUCAUUCAGGCUGAUGGUAUUAGUCAAAAGUCAAUUUAUUGCACCUUCAGAAAAAUCAUUUUAGAAAAAGGCAUACAAGGGCUUUAUCGAGGGAUUGCUACGAAUAUUGCUUCCUCUGCACCAAUUUCUGCAAUUUAUACCUUCACAUAUGAAUCAGUUAAGGGAGGUCUAUUACCUAUUCUACCAAAGGAAUACCACUCCAUUGCUCACUGCUUUGCAGGUGCUUGCUCAAGCCUAGCAACUUCUGUUGUCUUCACUCCUAGUGAACGAAUAAAGCAACAGAUGCAAGUUGGUUUACAAUAUCAGAACUGCUGGAAUGCCUUCAUUACAUGUAAAAAAAGGGGUGGGGUGCUUUCAUUGUAUGCUGGAUGGACUGCAGUUCUCUGUAGGAACAUUCCACACUCCAUUAUUAAGUUUUACGCAUAUGAAAGUUUGAAGGAAAGCUUUUUGAACUCGGCAAAGCCUGUUUCAGGUCUCAAUACCUCACAAACUCUAUUAUGUGGUGGUAUUGCGGGAUGUACUGCAGCCCUUUUUACAACACCCUUUGAUGUGAUCAAGACUAAAUUGCAGACACAAGUUCCUGGAACUCGGGGGAAAUACAAUGGAGUUUUCCAUGCUCUGCAAGAGAUUACCAGGCAAGAAGGUUUGAAAGGACUUCACAGGGGCUUGACUCCAAGAUUGGCUAUCUAUAUGUCUCAGGGAGCCAUCUUCUUUGCAUCAUACGAGUUUCUCAAAUCAAUUUUCGAUAUGACAGUCAAGUCACCUGUUCAGUCUAUUCAUAACAAACAAAUUGCCAAUAGUUCCACGUCAUCAGAAAUGAGCAAACUACAUUCUUAAAGCCAAACUUCAUGGUCAAGCAGAUUUUUGGAAACUGUGUUUUUUUCACGGCCGGAGAUUCAGAAUAUUGCCACAAUCGGAGCUGUUCGUUUUGAUGUUCUUCUCCAUCUGCUUUAACAUUAUCCUUUCCCCUAUGGCAUGUAUAUUGCCAUUUCAUUCUUCAAGAGUGCCAGUUCUGUUUCUCUGCAUGCCUAACUCAACUGGAGUGUAAGAGAAUGCAAUCAGUCCUUGGCAUGAGAUGGAACAACAUUUUUCCGGCAUUGUUAAUAGUAAUGCCAGUUUUCGAAUUUACAAAUUCAUUAUACAUUUUGAGAAAACAGUGUUUUUUUUAUUUAUUUGUUUUGUUUUCUUGUUCCAUCUCCUGUCAAAUUGGAAAAUUAUGAUGUACAUGAAUUUUAUUUCCAUGUUACAAAUAAAGAGCAUUUUAUCA